UGUACGGACGGUAGAGGUUGCACAGUGGUAGAUGUCCGCUGUAAAGAAGAAUGGAGUUAGGAAAGGGUAAACUUCUGAGAAGUGGCCUCAACGCAUUGUACCAAGCCAUCCACCCAGCGCAUGGCUUAGCAUGGACUGAUGGCAAGCAAGUCAUUCUAACAGCCUUACACCUACAAAAUGAGGACCCAAAGUUUGGCAGCUCUGUUGUCAUUGGCCAGUUUGAGCAUGUGCACGGCCUGUACUGGGGUCCAGCUCACGGCAAUGACGUUCCAGCUCUGUUGGCCGUCCAGCACAAGAAACAUGUAACAGUUUGGCAGCUGUAUUAUAACAACACGGAAAAGAACAAGCUGGUGGUGUCCCAGACCUGUGAAGUUGGGGAUCCCCUUCCUGUGCUUCCACAAGGCUGCGUGUGGCAUCCAAGUAAAGAUAUUUUGGUUAUAUUAACCAAGCGAGAUGUCUCUGUCUUAUAUUCUGUGCGCAGUGACAAUACCAGUGUUAAAGCUGACCUCAAGAGCACCGGCGUUGUGCACUGUGCAUGCUGGACUAAAGAUGGAAGCCGUUUAGUUGUCGCCGUUAGCAGCGCCCUUCAUUCCUACAUAUGGGACAGCAAACACAAAUUGCUCAACCCUUGUAGUUUUUGCCCCAUCUUUGAUGUUGGUGGCUACAUUUGUGCCAUCGAAUCCACUGUUGAUUCCCAGGUCGCAGUGGCCACAGAGCUUCCUCUAGAUAGGCUAUGUGCUUUAAAUGCCGGAAUUGCAUUUGAUGUACCAGCUGCUGCAGAAAUUUCUUUUUCGGCUCAGCCUGGCCUUCUCCUCAUGGAUGAAGAGUUUUCUCUGGAUGUGGGACGAAAGUCAACGGACUCUGGGACCUCUCUGUCCUUGGAUUCCCCGGCCACUUCUCCAGGAACUGUUGAUCUAACUCAUAUCUUGGUCAACCAUUCGAAAUCUGAACUGAGUCCGCUUCUUAACUUCAAGCACAAAGAUUACAUCACAGGCAGUGGACAGGACUCCUCUCACCUUAUCCUUGUGAACUUUGAGAAGAAAGUGACUUCCACGAGGAAAGUAAGCAUCCCAGGAAUUCUUGUUCCAGACAUCUUGGCCUUUGAUCCCGGGGCUCAUAUCGUAGCUGUUGCCUCCAACACUUGUAGCCAUGUCCUUGUGUAUUCAUUAACUUCAACAAACAUGCCUAACAUACAGCAGAUCCAGUUGGAGAAGAGCGAGAGGCCAAAAGGCUUAUAUUUCCUGACAGAUAAAAUGUUGCUGGUGUUAGUCGGAAGGCAAAAAACCUGUGACCCGGCUUUUCUGCCCUCCUCCAGUUCCGACAAGUACAUCAUCCGUUUAAUGGUGAAGGAGGUAAUGUUUGAUGAAGACUCCUCCACAUCCGCAGAUAUAGCAAGUGCACAUUCUAGCUUCAACUCUUCUGUACUCUUACAUGGAAGGAAGAAGUACGCGGAUACCCUAUAUAAGGAAGAGCAGCCCCUUGGUUGCCGAGAGCUGCUGAUUCCAGGAGGUAGUAGUGGGCGCCAAGGCCUUAGUAGGAAACAACUGAUAGAGGAGAUUCGCUGUUAUAACUAUGACCAAAGUCCAACGUCAAGCGCUAGCGACUUUGAGGAUAAGAAGAACUCUUUGACCGUACACAACCUGGACACCGAGCCGAAAAACCGGUCUGUGACCCUGGGCUUGGGAGUGCACAGGAAGCCAUCCAGCAGGCCAACCUCACCGAAAGCAGAGCACCGGGCAAGCCAUCACCCACCUAACGCCACCCCACUGCCGGACCAAGACAUUCUGUACAUGUCCCGUAAUCUGGAGCGCUUGUGCAGCAAUGUUUCAAAUCUACAGCAGCGCCUCUCGGACCUUACAGAGUUUGCGCAGAAUGGGAAAAAAUCCUAUUUUUCAUAUCCAUCGUCUAAAGACGCUCCAUUUGUCACCAUACUAUGCCAGAAGUACCACACGGACUGCCCGCCGGUGAAGAAGUGUGUCCUGUUGUGUGACAACAAACUGCGUCUGCAUGUCAUCCAGGAGCUCUUCUGCCUCCCGCUUAUAGAGAUGCAGAUGGGUUCUUCUUGUUGGAUCACACUGACUGCGGACAGCGAAGGUUUCAUCCCACUAACAUUUUUAGCCAAUCAGGAGCUGUACAUCAGAGAUGCCCGGAGCAUCCCACUGUCUCUGAAUGCAGACGGUAGCAACCAUGCAGAGCCCCCAAGCAGCAUCACUUAACCUGUGCUGUCUCCUUCCAGAUUGACUGCUCAGGACUUGUGGGCACCUAGCUCUACAGGAAUCUAUC